UGUGUCCUCUCUUCUCCGCUUCACACCUCACCAGAAGAUAACGGGGACAGGAUGCGAGCGCAAUAUCGGCCGAACUCGAAUUUGGAUUUACUUGUGAACGUGGACAUACAUGGAUAUUUAAUCGCGUUGUAGAAGACGAUGUUGUGUUGGUCAAUACGAGAUACAUCUUAAGGUCUGCGGUGACUCCGGCCAGCUAACCCCCUGUCUGCCAGCACAACCUUUGAAGUAGGUGUGAAUGCCAUGAGCCAAUAAAUAGAAUCACCUUCCUCAAAAGAAGCUGCCACCUCACUGCUAACAAGGCCAGAAGACCCUGUCUGCCAUGGGGAACCAGCUGACGGAGAUUGCUCCUAACACUCCUUUCCUGCCAAACUUCCAGUGCUUGCAUGUGGUGGUCAUCGGCCUCGACGCCGCAGGCAAGACCUCCCUGCUGUACCGUCUGAAGCUGAGCGAGUUUGUGAAGACAAUCCCCACCAAGGGCUUCAACACAGAGAAAAUCAAGGUCGCGGUGGGCAACUCGCGCGCCAUCACCUUCCAGGUGUGGGACGUGGGCGGCCAGGAGAAGCUCCGCCCGCUGUGGAAGUCGUACACGCGGCGGACGGACGGCAUGGUCUUCGUGGUGGACUCCACCGAGGCCGAGCGCAUGGAAGAGGCCAAGGUGGAGCUGCACAAGAUCACCCGCACUUCGGAGAACCAGGGGGUUCCGGUGCUCCUGCUGGCCAACAAGCAGGACUUGACGUCUGCGCUGUCGGUGGCGGAGGUGGAAAAGGUGCUCGCCCUCCACGAACUGAGCGCCUCCACCCUGCACCACACGCAGGGCUGCAGCGCAGUCGACGGCCAGGGCCUGCAGCACGGCCUAGAGAAACUGUACGAAAUGAUUCUGAAGAGAAAGAAGAUGGUCAGACACAGCAAGAAGAAGAGAUGAACUAUCUUCUAUGGGCAGGGAUACCUGCAGAGUCAACCUUUUUUUUUAAACUGUCGAAGCCCAGCUAAGGUUCCUUUCAGAAAGAGGGAAUCUGGUGCAAGUGGCCAAACAAAGGAACACUUUCAGAUGACCCCAGGGUCAGGAGAAAUGGAUUUGUCCUUUAUGUGACAUGCAGUAUUGAACCUCCUUCUUCUGUAGCUAGUGUUUGCGGUGCAGCCGUUCUUUGUAUCUAAGGAAUAUGUGAAUGCUCGAAUAGGCUGUAGCAUCAACAGAAGUUAGCCCAGCACCAACAAGUCUGACAGACUUAUUUUAUUUUCCUUUCUACCAAACAGCUGCAUUGAGGAUAAUAGCUUAGAGAGAUAAUGGUUUUGCAGAAUCACAAGAAUAAUAAAACCACGUCAGUUCCCUUGGCUGUCUGAAAAGAUAACACAACUCAUUGGUUUGAGGCUGAAUGCCAGCACUGGUGUAUAAUGUGAGCCGCCACCAAGGUACUGUUUGUUGUUGUAGAUGUGGACUUAAUGCCAGAGGUAAAAUCCUGUCCAGUCACAGCUUGAGUUGUAUUUAAGAUAGCCAACUGUUUUUACAAUCUGUAAAUAUUUUGUAAUUCUUAUGAAUAAAUAAAUUAUUGAAGCCUUUGACAUAA